AUGCGGAUAAAUAGUCUACUAUUGUCGUCUUUCCUGGUUAUACCGGCCGCGGUAGCAUUCCAGGUCAGGUUUAAGCCGGUUGCAAAAACCGCUCUCGACACUGUGGACGAUGGCACACUGCAGAGUCUGCUCGAUAACAUCGGGCUGAAUGGCACGUAUGCUUGGAAUACAAGACCAGGACUGGUCAUAGCAAGUCCUAGCAAAAGAGAUCCAGACUACUUCUUUACCUGGACGAGAGACUCAGCUCUAGUGCUCAAGUGCAUCAUCGAUAUCUUUGCAGCGGGAAAUACCGCUCUACAAGGGACGAUCCAUGAAUACAUCUCGUCUCAAGCCCGCAUCCAGUUGUUAAACACUCGUUCAGGUGGCCUGUCAAGCGGAGGCUUGGGAGAACCAAAAUACCACGUGGAUGAGACUCCGUAUAACGAAGAUUGGGGUCGUCCUCAGGCUGAUGGGCCUGCCCUCAGAGCUACCGCCAUGAUUGCGUACGCAAAGUGGCUUCUUGCAAACGACUACUAUGAUGUGGCUAAAUCGACUGUGUGGCCGGUUAUCAAGAAUGACCUUUCAUAUGUCAGCGAGCAUUGGAACGCUACAGCCUUCGAUCUAUGGGAGGAAGUAAACAGUCCAUCAUUUUUCACCACCAUCGUCCAACAUCGUGCCUUGGUGGAGGGUAUGAACAUGGCGCGUGCAUUGGGCGAAACCUGCCCUCACUGCGAGUCUCAGGCUCCUCAGGCACUCUGCUUCCUGCAGACGUACUGGACUGGAACCCGUGUCCAGUCAAACUAUGGUCAUGGUCGCUCCGGACUUGAUGUAGCCUCUAUUCUGGGUUCCAUCCACACAUUUGACCCUGAAGGAGGAUGUGACGAUACUACCUUCCAACCUUGUUCUGCACGAGCACUAGCAAACCACAAGGCGGUCACAGAUUCCUUCCGAUCAAUCUAUAAGGUCAACGGUGGUAUCAAACAGGGUCAGGCAGUAGCCAUUGGCAGGUAUCCCGAAGAUGUGUAUUUCAAUGGAAACCCGUGGUACCUGGCAACUUAUGCUGCUGCUGAGCAGCUAUACGAUGCCAUUUAUCAGUGGAAUAAGAUUGGAAAAAUCAUGGUAACGGAUGUUUCCAUGUCUUUCUUCAAGGAUAUAUAUCCCCAGGUGCAGGCAGGGACACACGAGUCUUCCAGCUCGGAAUUCCGUAAUAUAAUUGCCGCAGUAAAAGCCUAUGCAGAAGGGUAUAUUGAGGUUGCGAAAAAGUACACCCCGUGCACGGGGAUGCUCGCAGAGCAGUUCUCCAGAGACAAUGGCGCUCCAUUGUCUGUGCCAGACCUUACUUGGUCAUAUGCAUCGUAUCUAACCGUAAUGGCCCGACGCAACUCCGUUGUUCCAUCCUCCUGGGGUGAGAAGAAUGCCCGAGAUCUCCCAUCUACCUGCAUGCCAUCGUCGGCAACUGGACCCUACCAAACCGCAACUGUAACCUACUGGCCACCAAAUCUCACACCCACCGCAGCGCCUUCGCCUUGCCCUACUGCUCUACCAACGAAGAACAAUGUCCGCUUCAAGUUGCUCGCUACGACGCAGGUGGGCGAAGACGUCUUCCUGGUUGGAUCUAUCCCACAGCUAGGCUCAUGGGAUGUCAAGAAGGCUGUCCCACUCAGCGCAGACAUAUACGCAGAUAACUGCCACCAAUGGUAUGUCGACGUUGAACUCCCGACUGCCGUGGCUUUCGAGUACAAGUUCAUCCGCAAGACAGGAGGAGACGUGGUGUGGGAGCAGGAUCCCAACCGGAAGUACACCGUACCUCAGGCCUGCGGCGUCUCGGGCGCGAUCAAGAGAGACACCUGGCGAUAG